UCGACAGUUUUGAGGAGGACACGCCUCGUCUCAUUUGCAGCAACCAUGGCCUUCAAGCCUCUCCUCCUCCUCUUCAUCUCUUCCCUUCCCCUUAUCUCCUCUCGUUCGGAGCUGCAUGACUACCCGCCGUUGGCGGAUGGGCUGGCGUGGGAAUUCUACGACGGCACCUGCCACGACCUCGAGUCCAUCGUCCGCGCCCACCUGCGUUCGGUGUUCGACAGCGACGUCGGCCUGGCCGCCGGCCUCCUCCGGGUCUUCUUCCACGACUGCUUCGUUCAGGGGUGCGAUGGCUCGGUUCUGCUCACCGGCAGCGAUAGCGAGCAAGCGUCGCCGCCGAACCAGACGUUGAGGCCGAAGGCCCUCCAAGUCAUCGAUGAUCUCCGGGGCCUGGUGGAGGACGCCUGCGGCUCAGUGGUUUCUUGUGCCGAUAUUACCGCUCUCGCUGCCCGGGAAGCAGUAUUCUUGACGGGAGGACCCUAUUUUAAGAUGCCAUUGGGCAGGCGCGACAGCGUCACCUUCGCUCCCGCUGCCGACACGAUCGCCAGCAUCCCUUCUCCCCGCUCCAACGUCACAGCCCUCCUGAAGACGUUCAAGGACAAGAAGCUGAGCCUCAUGGACCUCGUCGCCCUCUCCGGGGCGCACACCAUCGGCGUCGGCCACUGCGCCGCCUUCGCCGACCGCCUCUACCCGGCGCAGGACUCCGACAUGGACCCCUCCUACGCCAAGCGGCUGUACGCCACGUGCCCGACGGCGACGGCCGCGAACGCCACCGGUUUGGACUUCCGGUCGCCCGACGCCUUCGACAACAUGUACUUCGUGGACCUUGUGAACGGCGAGGGGCUGCUGGCCUCGGACCAGGGGUUGUUCGGUGAUGAGAGGACGAAGAAGGUGGUGAAGAAGUUUGCCGGCGAGCAGAAGCGGUUCUUCAGGAAGUUUGUGAGGGCGGUGAUCAAGAUGAGCCAGUUGGAUGUGCUCACGGGGUCCAAAGGUGAGAUUCGCCGGGACUGUACCGUCCCCAACUCCGCCGCUGCAGGGCUUUCUGCUAUGUAGGUGGCGCUGCAGCUGCUGCUGCACCUGCCUCUUCUUGUUGCUUGCUGUACAAUAAUGUUGCCUUUCUUGCUUAUGCUACCAGCGUAAACUAUGCAGAGUAGAUGUAAUUUUCUCAGGUCAGGUGACAGAAAGGAUUGCAAGUUCUCCGCGGAAUGAACUGCUGACUGUGUUGCAGAA